CCCCUCUUUCCCACCCACACCCGCAACAUCUUCAGAGCUGGGGAGCGCAAGGACCCGUCUAGGCCGCACUACCAAGUCUGACCUCCUCGCCCCACGCCUUCCUAGCUUCCGUAAGGAUAUAGACAUAUCUUGAGAUCCCCCUAAAGGGACCUACACACAGCGGCAGCAAUGUCACAGUUCUCUACCAUGACAACCAAUGAGAGGAAGCUACAAGCAGCAGCCAUCUGUAGGGAGAUACAGGGUCCUGAAGAUGCAGAGAUGGACCUGGGGAAGAAGAUGAGUGUCCCUAAGGAUGUGAUGCUGGAGGAGCUGUCUCUGGCCUCCAACAGGGGCUCCCUCCUCUUUGAAAAGCGCAAGAGGCGCUCCGAGAAAUACACCUUCGAGAACAUCCAGAAUGUAACCAACACACAGAUCAAUAAUCGUGUAACUCUCCAAACAGAGAGUCAAGAAACCAAAGAAAACAGCUUAAGAGUGGAGCAGUUGUCUAAAACGCCCCAGAACAUGCCUGACCUGAGCACAGCCCCUAACCCAGACAACAUCGCACCAGGUUAUGGUGGCCCUCUGAAAGAAAUGGAACCAGAGAAGUUCAACAGAACAUGCCUCCCGAAGUCCUACCACUCCCCCUGGGACCAGGCCAUCUACCACCACGACCCCUCCCUGGCCGAUAGCCUCGUCACCUGCCUGCAAGAGCCUGAGGCCAAGCCAGAAGGACCAGGGUACAAGAGCUUCAACAGGGUGGCUACUCCAUUCAGAGGCUUCGGAGGCAAGUCCACCAGACCGGCCCCGAUGUCCAAGGCCCCUGAGGUGGAACACAACCCCAUGCCGGAGCUGUACCCCGAGCUCCAGGCGGAGCCGGCAGUGCAGAGGCCCACAUUCAACAGGGUGGCCUGUGGCUGGGCGGGGACCAGCGCCCCACUCAUCCUUCCCACAGUGCCGCUGGUUCCCAUGCUUAUCCCGGAGUCCGAUGACCUUUGAAACUCUGGCUGCUGCUGUGUGUCCCGAGACGUUUCCUGGUUUGCUACCCACAAGUCCUUUUUGGUGGGUUAGGGUCAGAGUGAAGGAAGGAGGUCUUUUGGUUUUCCGCUUAGGGCAAGUUAGCAACGUCUUUGUGGCGAAAACACAUGUUUCUCUGAUUAACUGGUUGGCCCAUGCCCAAGGUAUUCUGCCCAUCUUCAAACUGCACUUAAAAUAAGUCAACCACACUUGCCAGAGUUACUAAAUACAGUAUAAGAGCUGUACAUACAUUGAUGUGUAUGAGUGAAAUUGUAUUUGCCUGAUGACAUUUGAUUAUUGGUAUUAGUUGUUUUUUGAGGUAAAUAAAAUUAUGUAAAGCAUAAUGCUGUUAUUUCAGUUUUCCUUUAAUGAUUUUAUGCUUGCAUUGCUGCUUUUCCUGCUGAAUUAGUCCCUUUCCUUGUGAUUCAGUGACACAAAUUGCUUUAACAUAUUCACAGAGAAACGCUUCAAUAACUGUUCAGCAGUGAGUGUCUGCACUUGAUCUACAGUGAAGGAUCCAUUGCCGCAUGACAUUGCACCUGUGUUCUCUUCUACGUAGUCUUCCAUCACCACUCACAUCCUAUGUCAGUCUAAGUUACAGUUCUAUAACACACCUCAAGUUUACACUGCCCGUGCUGACAUAUCAAAUCUGCUUCCCCGAGGCGAGCGAGAUGACGCGCCUCACUUUUUUGCGACAAUGCGGCCAUUCGCAUCAUAUCAGCCAGUCUCCUACCCACUCCUCUCUGUCGCUACGUCUUUCAGUUAUCCCACUCAAAAUAAUAUAGGGUAUUCGUGAACAGGAUGUGACCAUUGUUGGGAGUACUCAGAUUACUUCUUUUGUGAUAACGAGAAACUUAACGGGUUCGUUUUUUAGUUUAGGUUAUCAGUUAAUUACUUUUCCAAAUAAGCUAGUCGUUAUUUUUACCAAAUGUAUUUCCUUUCUUUUUGUUGGCGCAAAUAAAAAGUAAAAGUCCCUCACUGUA